AGCUGCAGCUGGGUGGGAGGCAAGCAAUAUCAUUAACAAUGGGGAAGAUUGCGUUCUUCGAGGAUAAGAAUUUCCAAGGGCGAUGCCACACGUGCAGCGCGGACUGUCCGGACCUGCGCUCUUACUUCAGCCGUUGCAACUCCAUUAAGGUGGAAAGUGGCUGCUGGGUACUGUACGAGCAUCCCAACUACACUGGCAACCAGUACGUCCUGAGCCCCGGGGAAUACCCUGAUCACCAGCAGUGGAUGGGAUUCAAUGAUAGCAUCAAGUCAUGUCGCUGUAUCAACAACGUGUAUGGAAAGUCCUGGAAGAUCCUGUUCUACGAAAAGAAGGAUUUCCAAGGACAGGCGGCAGAGUGCGUUGAGGAUUGCCCAUCGAUUUACGAGGCCUUCAAGUUCCGGGAAGUCCACUCCUCUGUGGUUAUGGAUGGUGCGUGGGUCCUCUACGAUCAGCCCAACUACCACGGACACCAGUACUUCCUGGAACGUGGCGAGUACCGCAACUAUACAGACUGGGGCGCCACCUCCCCUGCUGUUGGAUCCUUCCGCAUGAUCACAGAGUUCUAGAACAGCAGCAACCACGCAGGGUUCUGCAGCCCCUAACACAGUCACCUGAAUGCUCCAGAAAUGUAACACAAGGUUCCACAGCAGCCCAAAGGCAACCAACGUUCCAGAGUCCUAACGUUCCAGAAUCUUGAGGAAGUUCAAGAACCCCUCCAAAAGUUCGGAGUUCAGGAAGGCUACGAUUCCAGAGCCCUUCAGCCUCCCACUUGCUUCUUCCAUUCAGACAUCUGUCCUUCUCCCCAGAACCCUGAGCGCUGCACUCAAAUAAAUAAAAG